CAUGGGCGCCUACCUCUCGCAGCCCAACACGGUCAAGUGCUCCGGGGACGGGCCGGGCGCCCCCAGCCUGCCGCUGCCCUACGGCUUCUCCGCCAUGCAGGGCUGGCGCGUCUCCAUGGAGGAUGCUCACAACUGUAUUCCUGAACUGGACAGUGAGACUGCCAUGUUUUCCGUCUACGAUGGACAUGGAGGGGAGGAAGUUGCCUUGUACUGUGCCAAAUAUCUUCCCGAGAUCAUCAAAGAGCAGACGGCAUACAAAGAAGGCAAGCUACACAAGGCUUUGGAAGAUGCUUUCUUGGCUAUUGAUGCCAAACUGACCACGGAGGAAGUCAUUAAGGAGCUGGCACAGAUUGCGGGGAGGCCCACUGAGGAUGAGGAUGAGAAAGAAAAAGUAGCUGAUGAAGAUGAUGUGGACAAUGAGGAGGCUGCACUGUUGCAUGAAGAGGCCACCAUGACUAUUGAAGAGCUGCUGACGCGCUAUGGGCAGAACUGUCACAAGGGUGCUCCCCAUGGCAAGUCAGGGACUGAGACAGACGAGGAACUGGGGUCCCAGGGCCUCAAUGGGGAGGCAGGGCCUGAGAACCCCUCGAAAGAAACAUCUGUGGAGGAAAAUGGCCCCACAGCUAAGGCCCACACGGGUCCUUCCUCCAACUCGGACUGUGGCCCUGAGGCUGGCCAAGGUGGUGAGCCUGGUACACCCACUGGAGAGGCUGGGCCUUCCUGCUCCUCGGCUUCUGAGAAGCUGCCUCGCGUUGCUAAGUCCAAGUUCUUUGAGGACAGUGAAGAUGAGUCAGAUGAGGCCGAGGAGGAAGAGGAAGACAGCGAGGAAUGCAGUGAGGAAGAGGAUGGCUACAGCAGCGAAGAGGCAGAGAAUGAGGAAUAUGACACUGAGGAGGCUGAGGAGUAUGAGGAAGAGGAAGAGGAGAUGAUGGUGCCUGGAAUGGAGGGCAAGGAGGAGCCUGGCUCCGACAGCGGCACAACAGCCGUGGUGGCUCUGAUCCGAGGGAAGCAGUUGGUUGUAGCCAAUGCAGGAGACUCUCGCUGCGUGGUGUCUGUGGGUGGCAGAGCUUUAGACAUGUCCUAUGACCACAAGCCUGAAGAUUACAUGGAGCUAACACGCAUAAGGAACGCAGGUGGAAAGGUCACGCUGGAUGGGCGAGUCAACGGGGGCCUCAACCUCUCCAGAGCCAUUGGAGACCAUUUCUACAAGAGAAACAAAAACUUGCCACCUGAGGAACAGAUGAUUUCAGCCCUUCCAGAUAUCAGAAUGCUGACUCUCACGGACGAUCACGAUUUCAUGGUCAUUGCCUGCGAUGGCAUCUGGAAUGUGAUGAGCAGCCAGGAAGUGAUAGACUUUAUUCAGUCAAAGAUCAGCCAGCGUGAUGAAAAUGGGGAGCUGCGGUUAUUGUCAUCCAUUGUGGAAGAGCUGCUGGAUCAAUGCCUGGCGCCAGACACUUCUGGGGACGGCACCGGGUGCGACAACAUGACCUGCAUAAUCAUCUGCUUCAAGCCCCGAAACUUGGAAGAGAGCGGCAAGCGGAAACUGGAGGCUGCGCAGUCGGAGGGGGCCGAGGAGAACGGGAACAGCAACAGCAAGAAGACCAAGCGGGACUAGUGGUGGCCGGGAUCCCCGCGCCCGCCCACCCACCCAGACUCUUUUCUGAGCCCUCCUCCGGACCCAAGACUGAGUUCUGUCUUUUUUCUUUAGCCUUAGCAGUGGUUAUGAGGUGU